UCGAACUCGCGUCUUCGGACUCUUGGACUGUUUUUAGUACACUUGUAACGGGGUAACGAAGGCGGACGAAUAUGACUGGUACCGCCAAAGUCGAUUCUGUGACAAGUAUCGCGAUGUCUUGAGUUUGUGAUUUAUUUAUCCCGCUGUUUUAUCGACCACUGCAAAAUGGCAUUCUACUGCAGAAUGGAUUGCGCUUUCCUGCUCUUCUGCAUCCUCGCUUACGGAUGCAUCGGUAAGGGUGCGUUAGCACUGUGGGAUGCGGCCGAGGCAAGCGAGGACCAGUGCGACAUCGCCGUCCGAGAGAUCAUGAACGAGGACCGGGCGACGGUCGUCGACGAAUCCGCCACGCGGCUCCAUGCCGUUUGGAUAUCCCAGGAGUGCGAGAUCCGCGCGGGCCCGGAGUACAUCAUAAGGAAGUACAGCUUCUUUGAGAACGGCACCUUUCUCCUGAUGCGGCAUUACUAUGCCGAGGAGUCGUGCAGCAUCGCCACGUACACGGUGACGACGCGCGGUGUUAUCAAAAUGUUGGGCAGCUCCCUGGUGACGCCGGGUGCCACCGAGGCACGCUACCAGCUGGAUACGGUCCACGUCUCGCCGCUGAAUCGUCAAGUCGCCCACAAAUUGGGCCAUCGCGUGAACGUGUCAUGCGGGCCGCAGCCACGCUGGCGUCCUUACGUCGCCCAGCUGAUCUACGAACGGGCCCCGGAGCGCUUCGGGGGCUCGCUCACAUGGCAGGGACCACGCUACAACUCCCUGCAGGCCACCAGAGCAUGAUGGGGGUGGAGCGUCGACUGCCUCGCGCCCCUCGGCAUCGAUUACGACGAGCUAAGGUUGCUGAGAGUUCAGCGCAGGCCCACGGGCUUCAGAUCCGCUGGCUUCGGGGCUGGUGAUCGGCCGAGGGUCGAGCUCUUCCUCGGCAGCUUACCUCCGGACCAAGCCUCCAGGAGGUCCCACAAGCACACCUCCCUACAGCCGACGGCGCUGCUCAGGACCGACACAAUCCACAAUUGUCCAAUAUGUGGGGCGAUAUCUCGAGGCACGGAGAACAGUCCGCCGUUGCUUCACGAGGUCGUCGCAUUGCCGGCCCUCCUCGGCGGCUCUUGGAUCAGCCCCUCCUGCGAAAGUCAUCCCGGUGGCGUGUGGCUUCGCCGUCAGCUGCGGGUCUACGCGGGCGAUAAGCUCUGGACUGGCCGCUGGGAUUACUUCGGCGACCCUCGGUGCAGCAACUUCCUCUACGGCAUAACCGCCGCUGGUAGUUAUGUACAACGAGCGCGCAGGCAUCGCCGACAUGACGUCACCGCCCUCGGCAGCACCGGGGAUUUCAUCGAGGACGAGAUAUUCGGACGCGCCAAAAGGCGAGUCGACGACGAGCCGCCGAGCAAGGACAACGAGAAAUCCGAGAUGGACGAUCGAACGAAGAAGGUCCUCGCCGAGUGGAUGACACCCAAGCUUGCCAAGGACCUAUUCGACAUCUACGUCCCGUCAAGGAUGCAAAAGGAGUCGAUGCUACCGACCUCGGGCGAGAUAAGCGAGGCCGUUGCGGAGAAGCACGAGCCAAGGCUCGCAUCGUCCAAUACCAAGAGCGCCUCUUCCAAGGCCUCGAACCUCGUCGAGGAUCUCGAGGACAGCGGCGUGGGCCCGAGGCCGAGACGCAGCCUCGACGAAGUCGAUUACUACCGGCAGCUCCUCCAAAGCGCCCAGCCCUCAAUGGCCGAGUCCUUCGCGGCGAUGCUUCGCGGCAAUCAGCGACGCGAGCAGACGACCAAGAAACCCCUCCAGUCGAUGACGCCGAGCGGCACCAGCGAACUCGACCUCCACGUGGCGGAGAGCCUCCUAAUCGCCGGCGACGUGGCACUGGCAAAGCGGUGCGGGGCCGCCCUCAGCGAGGGCAGCGCCCCCAAGACACCGAGGCUCUCCAACUGGCCCUCGAGCUGCGUACCCCAUUCCCUUGACGCGCCCUCUACCCUUGGACUCAGGGCGAGAAUCAGCGUCGAUUGGUACGGCCAAUACACGCUCCUCCUCGGCGCCAGGGACAAGAGCAUGUGGGACGCACCUCUAUUGCAGUGUGGACCCACCAGCAUGAGAAAUCCCAUACUAAGGUCUCACCUGAGGCGAAGCGUUGGCUUGAGAUUCGGUAUCCUCUUCAAUAGCUCGCCGAGGAGCGGAUCCGCACUCGACUUGGGGGCGAUCCUGGUGAUCAGCUGCCUCGCAGUAUAUUGGACGCGCGCGACUUAGACACUCCCUAACUUCCCCGCUACCCCCAUGUGGUGGUGAAAUUGUGAUUUGCGUCAGGGCAAGCUACGGUAGAGUAUCGUUGCCCGACCUCUCUGUUACUUGCUUACGAAUUUUAGUUACCUCACCUUUUCAUUUUAAGCGACUACGAAA